CUGGCAGCAGAGUGUCAGAGCGCCGGCUACCCUGGUGUUUUGGUGCCUUUCAAGUGUGACUUGGCCAAAGAGGAGGAGAUUCUGUCCAUGUUUGCAGCGAUCAAAGAGCAGCACAAAGGCGUGGACGUGUGCAUCAACAACGCUGGCUUGGCUCACCCAGAGCUGCUGCUAAACGGCAAAACCAGUGGCUGGAAAAACAUGUUGGAUUUAAGGACUCAGAGUUAUUUUAGAAAAACAAAAUUCCAGAGAUUUUCUUUACCAUUUAUUUAGCUGCUUUGGUCACUUGCAGGUAAACGUUCUUGCACUGAGCAUGUGUGCACGUGAAGCUUAUCAGUCAAUGAAAGAGAGAAACGUGGAUGAUGGGCACAUCAUAAACAUAAACAGACUUGGGACCUGUCUCUGCUGUACCCGAUGCUCCAGAACCCCGCAUUAGAUAAGCAGAAGAAAACAGAUGGAUGUAUGCUGUAACUGCGCUGACUGAGGGCCUGAGGCAGGAGCUGCGCGCAGAAAACACUCAUAUUCGGGCCACAAGCAUUUCUCCUGGCUUUGUGGAGACAGAAUUUGCAUCACGCCUCUACAGAGACAAUUCUGAUAAAGCAGCUGCUGUAUACACUGAUUAUAAGUCUCUGGAAGCAAAAGACCUCGUCAGUGCCAUCACAUACGUGCUCAGUGCCCCUCCUCAUGUUCAGAUUGGGGAGAUUUUUCUUGAAGGUCUGUAGCAGGUGUCAUGCAACUUGGCCGUGAGACCCAUCCCAAUCUUUACAUCAAAGUAGUGUGACCGGCUCUCCUUACUUCUCAACACUGUCAGAUUGUAAUCAAUUCACAGAAGGAUAAAAUAAAGGAAACUCAUCCAGC